GUCGGUUGUCGGCUGACCGGACGGGAGAAGUUUGGAUUCUGUCUGUGGAGUUUUUUCCCCAGCUUGUCUCCUGCGCGGUUACUGAAGUGCUGCUCAGUUUUGCCGAUUCCCGACGAACACAUCCGUUUUGGAAUCGGAAGGAUUUUUACUUUCUUACUGUUGAAUAAGAAAAGCCCAGCGGCAGCAAUGGGGAACCGGGGGAUGGAGGAGCUCAUUCCCCUGAUCAAUAAACUGCAGGACGCGUUCAGUUCGAUCGGGCAGAGCUGCAACCUCGAUUUGCCGCAGAUCGCCGUGGUCGGAGGGCAGAGCGCCGGCAAGAGCUCCGUGUUGGAAAACUUCGUGGGCAGGGAUUUCCUUCCCCGUGGAUCAGGGAUCGUUACAAGGCGGCCACUCAUCCUGCAGCUCAUCAAUGCAAAGACAGAACAUGCAGAGUUUCUGCACUGCAAGGGAAAGAAGUUUGUGGACUUCGAUGAGGUCCGGCAGGAAAUCGAAGCAGAGACGGACCGCAUCACUGGGACAAAUAAAGGGAUUUCGCCCGUUCCUAUCAACCUGCGUGUCUACUCUCCGCACGUGCUAAACUUGACCCUGAUUGACCUGCCGGGCAUCACAAAAGUGCCAGUGGGAGACCAGCCGGCGGACAUUGAGUACCAGAUCAAGGACAUGAUCAUGCAGUUCAUCAGCAGGGAGAGCUGCCUCAUCUUGGCCGUCACUCCUGCCAACAGUGACCUGGCCAAUUCAGAUGCCCUCAAGCUCGCCAAGGAGGUCGAUCCACAAGGCAUGCGGACAAUCGGUGUCAUCACAAAGCUGGACCUGAUGGACGAGGGGACAGACGCUCGUGAUAUUCUGGAAAACAAGCUGCUGCCCCUCCGCAGAGGGUACAUCGGAGUGGUGAACCGGAGUCAGAAGGACAUUGAUGGAAGGAAGGACAUCCGCGCCGCACUGUCAGCAGAAAGAAAGUUUUUCUUGUCCCACCCAGCCUACAGACAUUUAGCUGAGCGCUUGGGGACCCCCCACCUUCAGAAGACCCUGAACCAGCAACUGACCAACCACAUUCGGGAGACGCUCCCCGCACUGCGCAGUAAACUGCAAAGCCAGCUGCUGUCCAUGGAGAAGGAGGUGGAGGAGUACAAGAACUUCCGACCCGACGACCCGACCCGCAAAACUAAGGCGCUGCUGCAGAUGGUCCAACAGUUUGGAGUGGACUUUGAGAAGCGAAUUGAAGGGUCAGGUGAUCAGGUGGACACCGUGGAACUUUCCGGAGGAGCCAGGAUUAACCGAAUCUUUCACGAACGGUUUCCGUUUGAACUUGUGAAGAUGGAAUUUGAUGAGAAGGAGCUGCGGAGGGAGAUCAGCUAUGCAAUUAAGAACAUUCAUGGAGUCAGAACGGGGCUGUUCACGCCGGACCUCGCUUUCGAAGCCAUCGUGAAAAAGCAGAUAAUAAAGCUGAAAAACCCGUGUUUGAAAUGUAUCGAUCUGGUCAUUCAGGAGCUGAUCAAUACGGUCAGGCAGUGUAGCAACAAGCUGGGCUCAUAUCCACGAUUACGAGAGGAGACGGAGCGCAUUGUCACACAACACGUGAGGGAACGGGAAGGCCGGACCAAAGACCAGGUUCUACUACUGAUCGACAUCGAGCUGUCCUACAUCAACACCAAUCACGAAGACUUCAUCGGCUUUGCCAAUUUAGACUUGCAGAAGUUCAGAAAGCUGGAAGAGAAUUUGAUGCCAGCUUACCCCAACAGUGCCCAGCAGAGGAACACCCAGCUGAACAAGAAGAGGGCCAUGCCUAACCAGGGUGAGAUCCUGGUGAUUCGACGGGGUUGGCUCACCAUCAACAACAUCAGCAUCAUGAAGGGAGGCUCCAAGGAGUACUGGUUUGUCCUGACCGCAGAGUCCCUGUCCUGGUACAAAGAUGACGAGGAGAAGGAGAAGAAGUACAUGCUGCCUCUGGAUAACCUGAAGAUCCGGGAUGUGGAGAAAGGCUUCAUGUCCAACAAACACAUCUUUGCCAUCUUCAACACAGAACAGAGGAACGUCUACAAGGAUCUGCGGCAGAUCGAGCUGGCCUGCGACUCCCAGGAAGACGUGGACAGCUGGAAGGCCUCCUUUCUACGAGCUGGCGUCUACCCCGAGAAAGACCAAGUGGAGAAUGAUGAAUCGGGGCCGGUGGACACUUUCUCCAUGGAUCCACAGCUGGAGCGCCAGGUGGAGACGAUUCGUAAUCUCGUGGAUUCCUACAUUGGCAUCGUUAACAAGUCCAUUAGGGAUCUUAUGCCAAAGACCAUCAUGCAUCUCAUGAUUAACAAUACAAAAGAAUUUAUCACCUCAGAGCUCCUGGCUUACCUGUACUCCAGUGGGGACCAAAACAGCCUAAUGGAGGAGUCGCCGGAACAGGUGCAGAGACGGGAUGAGACGCUUCGCAUGGUCCACGCCCUGAAAGAAUCACUCAAGAUCAUCGGAGACAUCACCACCUCCACCGUCUCCUGCCCGGUGCCCCCACCGGUGGACGACACUUGGCUUCAGAAGGAUACCAGCCCAACGCCACAGCACCGACCCACCGGAAUAUCACAGCCUCCGAACCGCCCCCCAGCAGUGAGAGGUCCUACGCCAGGGCCGCCCAUGAACCCCACGCCAGUUGGCCUACCCUUCGGAGUGCCACCCAUCCCGAGCCGGCCGGGCCCCAUGACAUCCUACAGCUCGGCCAAUCAGGAUCCCUUCAGCGCUCCUCCACAGAUCCCCUCACGGCCAGCCCGCAUCCCACCAGCUGCGCCCCCUGGCAUUCCCAGCCGGAAACCACCUGCAGCUCCCAACCGGCCCACCAUAAUCCGCCCGGCGGAGCCCUCCUUACUAGACUAAAAUACCGGGAGACAGACAGACAGACAGACAGACAGAAAGACACACAGACAGCGCGGCGUUGCUAGUGAGGUGUCACUCUCGGGGAGGGGACGGACAGAUCAUGUGACUGGGAGUUCGGCUCGGCCCCCUGGCUGAAGGGUCUUGGCAUAGAUGGCCCUCUCUUACAAGUUAAAUGAACUGGUAAUAAAAUCAAACACGUGAGAGCAUC